AUGACCUUCGUCUCCAAGACGCCCUUCCAACUCACCGGCCGCUACGCCGAGCGCGCCAGGUGGGAAACCAUGAACGGCCCUGGCGACUCACGUCCCACUGGCAGCCAGGUCGUCCACGACGAGAAUCUCGCUGGGUCGUGGGCCGACCGGGUCGUGCUCGUCACGGGCGUCUCGUCCGGCAUCGGGGUCGAGACCGUUCGUGCCCUCGCCAUGACGGGCGCGAUGGUGUAUGGCACGGUCCGCAACCUCGAGAAGGGCAAGCAGGCGCUUGGCUCGGCGCUGCUUGACACUGGGCGCGUGCGGCUGCUCGUGAUGGACCAGGCGGAUUUGGCGAGCGUACGGGCUUGCGCUGAUGAGUUCCGCAAGCAGAGCAGCGGGUUGAACAUCAUGAUCAACAACGCAGCUGUCAUGAACACGCCAGAGACGCGAACCAAGGACGGCGUGGAGCUGCAGUUCAUGACCAACCACCUGUCGCACUUUCUCCUAUUCUACCUGCUGAAAGACCUGCUCCUCGCCAGCUCGACCCCGUCGUUCCACUCGCGCGUGGUCAACGUCUCCUCGGCGGGCCAUCGCUACGCCGAAGUCCGGUUCGACGACAUCAACUUCGAGGGCGAGGGCGCCUACAACGGCUGGCUCGCGUACGGGUCCAGCAAGACGGCCAACAUCUACAUGGCCAACCAGAUUGAGCGGCUCUACGGGGCCCAAGGCCUGCACGGCUACGCGGUGCACCCGGGUUCCUUCACGAGCCCGAAUCUGCAGAAGCACUCCGCCGCUGAGAUGGAGGCGGUGUUGAAGGAUCCAAGGAUGCAGAGGUACUUUUCAAGUGUAGAACAGGCCUGCGCGACGAGCGUUUAUGGGGCUGUCUCGGGGGAACUGGAGGGGAGGGGAGGGCUGUAUCUGGAGAUGGCUUCGAUGUCGGUGAGGCCGUGCCCGAGCGAUGGGGAUGGCUUGGAGUAUGGGUUUGCGCCUUAUGCUUAUAACCAAGAGGGAGAAGAACGGCUCUGGGAGCUUAGCAAGGAGAUGGCGCAUGUUCAGUAA